AUGAACACACCAAAUUCCAACACUUCCUCCGAUUUAGGAACUCCUUUAAGCCUUUCCUUCACAAAUAUUAACUCUCUCGUACAUAAUUUGAUUUCUAAACCCACAUUUAAUCCUUUUAAUUUAGAACAAGAUAUAGACCAAGUCUUACAAGCAUUGAAACGACAAUGUGAAGAAGAAUACGUGAAACUGAAUGAAAUACGUUCCAAAUUAAAACAUUUUGAAACACCAGUGAACGCGUUAUCUGAAGAAGAAAAGAGAGUUGCUAUAAUGAAAGCUGAAGAAAAAAGAUUAGAUGAAGAAAUUGUAGAGCAGAAAAAAAAUCAAAGAAAUGUAACAACAAAACCUCAUGUACUUCGUGAAUUAUCUGUUAUGAAAGAAGUUCACCAAACCAUCGAGAAUUAUCAAAAUAUAUUACCACGAUUACAUAAAGAGAUUAAUGAAAUAAAGAAUCAAAUCAUAAGAGAGAGAGAUACUUUAAAUGAAAGUGAAAUUAUUCAUGACACCUUAUUGGAUAAAUUGAAAAAACUUCAACAGAACGACGGGUCUAUGACUCAAAAAUCAGAGAUAGGUGAUAUAAAGGAGAAGAUCAAUACAGUUAGAAAGGAUUUCGACAUCUUAAUGGAUGAAUUAAGGAAAUUCGCUGACACCAAUUUCCCUCCACAGGAAAUGAUAGAAAAUAGUGAUGAUUUAGAAAACGAAAACGAGAGAAUGUUAUCUCUAAGAGACAUGCUAGAGGAUUUGAUGAACCAAACGUAUUCUAAUCCUAACAACCCUUAUUUAAAGUUUGAUCCAGGUAAAGUAUGGAAUCCUUAUGUUGAGACGUUAAUCCGUGCCGGAAUUGCCAAGAGACAUCCAAAUGAUGCCAACAUGUUAAAAUUGGUUGAAUUUCAUUUGUAA